CCCGCUGCCGGCAUGCUGCACCUAAGACACUGCCGCGCCUCCCUGGUGAAACCUACAGAGACAAACCAACCGGGCUGGCUUUCCUUCACUUCCAGAGAGCCACAAUCCGCCUCUUUUUCCACUUAGCAGUAUAUUCUUGGUAGCAUUUGCAACUCUGUUGGAUGAAAUGCCUAAUUAUUCUUAUAAGCACUGAACUUUAAUGUCGGAUCAAUGCUUUGUAUUACACUUUCACAUACUAUGCACGGCUUUUAACUUCUAGCAAAAACAGCCCUGCACUUAGAUAUUGAACAACUAUCAAUAACGACAACUUAUAUUAAAAUGGCACUUGGUAUCCUAGGGUUGGAAGGGACCGCUGGGGAUCAGCCAGUCCAACCCCACUGCCAAGGCAGGGUCGCCUAGAGCAGGUGGCACAGGAACCUGUCGACGUGAGCUUUGCAUAUCUUCAGAGGGAAACUCCAUGACCUCCCUGGGCAGCCUGUUCCAGUUCUCAGCCACCCACAGUGUAAAGUUGUUCUUCCCCAUGUGAAGGUGGAACUUCUUGUGUUUUGUUCUUGUGUAUGUGUGCUUUCAUUUUGCUGAGUACUCAUUUUGCUGAGUACUGUUCUUUCAAAUACUCCACAAUAUUUCUCAAUAGGAAAACAGAAAAGAUGUUCGAUAUUAAGGCUUGGGCCGAGUACAUCGUGGAAUGGGCUGCCAAGGACCCCUACGGCUUUCUCACGACCGUGAUCUUGGCUCUCACGCCGCUGUUUGUGAUUAGCGCGGCACUGUCAUGGAAGCUUGCGAAAAUGAUCGAGGCCCGGGAACGAGAGCAAAAGAAGAAACAGAAACGCCAGGAGAACAUUGCAAAAGCCAAACGAACAAAGAGGGAUUAAACGGGCAAAAUGGCCUUCCUUGUGCAAAGAAUCCACUUUUAAAAUGAAAUACUUGUACAUUUUGUGUUGUAACUGUCCUUUAAUACUUGAUCCUGUUACUUCUUGAAGUAUGAAAUUUAAUACUUCCAGUGUAUUUUUUUUCCUGCUGAUUUGUGUUAAAAUUUGCCCAAGUGACACUUGUUAGAGUAAUUUAAUUUACAACUUGUAUUCUAGUGCAGGUUGCUUUUCUAAAUUUGCAUGUUAAAUUAAAAAGUUAACCUCUUGGGUGGCUCUGAAGGUAGAUUUUUUUUUUUUCCUCUUAGCUGAGCUAUGACUUAAAAAGUGUCCUAAAAUUGUCAAGUUUAGGGGAAAAUGUGAAUAAUAAACUGGAUUACAUGAAUGCAAGUUUUGGCAUACCUUGAGCAGGGCUGUAGAGACAAGCUAGCUGUAGCAUUAGAUAGCAGACAUGACUGAUUUCCUUUAAGGUCACUGCAUAUGGCUGUGUGUGCCCACAGUGGCUGCUGCAGUGUCUUUGAUGGUGGUGCUUGUCUGCACAAAUAACCUACCUUAGCUUUUCCUGUUUCCUGAACUAUAAGCCAUCAUCAGCCUUUAGCUCAAGUUCUAGGAAACUGAUUGCUCAUUUGUAUUAGCUUCUUAUUAGCUUCACUUCUCAUAAGGCACUCAUGUUCUGUAAAAUACAGUACUGUUUUUUAGUCUUCCCUAACAAUCACCUGAAUGCUCCACCUACAACUAAUUUGUUUUUGCCUUCAUGAACUCCUUAUGUCUCAAAGAAUAGCCAUAAAUGGGGUGAGACCAAAGACCCAGGUGGCCUAGUGUUCUGAGUCCCAGAGAACUAUAGCAGAUGGCUGUGCAAGGACGAUGGCUGUGCAAGGAUGAUGCACAAGCAGUGACAGUAGUUCUGCUUGCUAACCUGGCUACCUUUGAUCUAAGGAUUGAGUUUAGGUAGGACUUUUGUUCUCAUGGCCCUUGAAACUCUGCUGCCUUACAGGUUGCAAGAUGCUGACAUAAUAAAAAAAAAGUCAGGUUUGUGUUGUAAAUACAUCAAAAUUAUUUAACCUUAUUUCCAAUAAAUCUGUUCUAAACAGAACUGAGUAAUUUUUCAAAUAAUUUUUUAAUAAUAGUCUGUGUUGGCCUCUACAUAGUCUAGUUCAAAAGAACUUGUAGCAGUCAUUGAGAUUUUACAUUUCACAUAUUUCUAAACAGCAGCAUAGAGUUGUGCAUUCUAGCAGCUACUCUUUGAUCAGGUUUAAAAAUAAAACCUUAAAAUAAUACCAUUGUUCAACUCAAGAGACUUAAAGAGCUGGCUGACACCAAGGGGGAUCAGAAUUGGGGAGUCUAACUGAAAUUACUUUAAGUAAGUGUGAAGUUGAUCCCCUUUCAAUUUUGUUGGUGAAAGCAAGCAUUAUUAGAAUAUGACAUUUGGGCAUUUUAUAAAUAUGUGAGAUUAAGUCUCCAUGUUUUGUAUGGUGUUGUCAAAUAUGUCAAAAAAUGUGUCUGACCUUUGAUACCUACAUAGCUUGAAACAGGGAAGAAAACGGAUGAGGGAUACGCUCCGUAAAUAAAUUUGAUACUUUUUGAAAAAAAA